UUCAUAGCAUAAGUGCCUAAGUCAUUUUCUGGUCAAAUUGAGAUUUUUGCCUAACUUUACUCCCCUACCACUGCUGCAUCAUCCUGUCCGUCUGCCUAUGUCAUUGGCCAAUCACAACACUCAUAAGAGUCAAAAAACAUACUUGCCUAAGUCAUUCAUUUGACUUAGGCAGUUUUACCAUUGGACUUAGGCAGUUUUGCUACAAUCAAUUUGACUUAGGCAGUUUUGAUGUAUGCAAAAUGGCUGAUAAGAAGAAGAGGUUGACCGCAAGUGAAGCCCUUGCUCUUCUUUUUGAUUCAUUUACAUCUGGAAAGGAAGUUGAUGUGAACUUAGAGGAGUUGGUGGAUAUAGAUGAGGGAGAAGGAGGAAAUUAUGUUGAUAUGGGGCAACAGACUGAUAAGCAGCCAGAGGAAGGAGAGGAAGAUGAAGGAGAGGAAAAGAAAGGGGAAGGAGAGGAAGAUGAAGGAGAAGAAAAGGAAGGGGAAGGAGAGGAAAAGGAAGGAGAAGGAGAGGAAGAUGAAGGAGAGGAAAAGAAAGGGGAAGGAGCUGAAUCCAGUGACACACUUUCAGUGUGGACAAUGGACCUUCAACGCGUUCUUCUUUGCCCCCAGACAAAAGCAAGUACAAUGUACUACAAAACUAAAUUACAGAUGCACAACUUUACCUGCUUCAACAUGAACAACAGAGAUGGGUACUGUUAUGCUUGGGAAGAACAUGAAGGCUCCCUCAGCAGUGAGGUUUUUGCACAUCUGCAGUCCAACCACUUUGAGUCUGUCCUACAGGCCAACAGAAACAUUGAGAAAGUCAUUGUCUGGAGUGAUGGCUGCGGGUAUCAGAACCGGUGUGCUACCAUCAGCAACGCCUACCUUUACCUGGCCAUGAAGCAUGGUGUCAGCAUUGAGCAGAAAUUUCUAGUUGCAGGCCACACACAGAUGGAGUGUGACUCCAUGCACAGUCUAAUUGAACGGCGCAUUGUGCAAGACGUUUACACUCCACGAGAUUACGUUGUCAUCUUUGAGGCUGCACGCAUUAAUCCAUCCCCAUACAGGGUGACUCAACUAUACCACAAUGACUUCAUGAAGUUAUCUGGCACCUAUGUCACCAAUAUUCGACCCGGCAAAAAAGUUGGGGACCCCACAGUCCAUGACCUCCGGGCUUUGCAGUACUUGACUGAUGGACGGAUCAGGUACAAGCUGGAUUUUGAAUCUGACUGGGAAGACCUGCCUCGGCGCAUCAGCAUACCCGACAACAAGCCAUUCAAGUGGAUCCCACUCUUUCCUGCUCAGUUGCCCAUCACCCUGAGGAAAUACAGUGACUUACAGUCAAUGAAAAAUGUACUACCAAGAGUGGCCCACAAGUACUAUGAUGAUCUUCCUCAUCAGUAGUAUACAUAGCCUACCAAAUAGUACACACACACACACGCACGCACACACACACACACACACACACACCCACACACACACACCCGCACACGAAGAGAAAGAGAGAGAAGUGAGAGACAAACACACACAGACAGAUACAAACACACAUAGACACACGCACACCUCUUUUAUGAGCCUACAGGCCUCCUCUGCAAAUUAAUGGGUGGGUGAGGUGAAGUGAGUAAGUCUCCUUACUCUAGCUGCCAUUUUGUGAUUAAAAUUGAAAAGUUACAGUGUGUUAUGGUUACAUUAUAGUAUGUCAUGUUCAUUUUAUAGUUUGAAGAAAAACUGCCUAAGUCAUAGGCAUAAUCUGCCUAAGUCACUUUUAUUAGACAAAAGAAAUGAUGUUGGGUUUUGUUCUUUUUCCAUACUUUUCCUCACAUAUACUUAAAUGUUCUGUGAAAAUAUCAAUUAAAAAUAUGCAUGUGAUAUUUAGAAAAUUAGUUUUUUCUUGUUUUCCGAAAACACAAAAAAAUGACUUAGGCAAUUAUGCUAUCAAG